UAUAUCUGCUCUUAAAAAAUUAUAUCCUUUUUUCCUCGUAAAGUUGCUGCUCUCUCUGACUUAUACGAUAUUAUAUAUCUAGUCCUUGUAAAAGUUUGUAAUAUUAUAUUUUAAGUGAAAAGAAUCGCAUCGCAUCCGCGUAUAGUUUUUACACGAUUUCCCGAAAAUUAAACGGGAGGAAAUAUUUUCGUAGAUUUUAACGUAGUGAUUGCUUUCGUGAGCAAAUUCCGGAGAAAAUUACUGAAAUUAUAUAAGUACGUGAGUGUCGAGCGGUUUAUCAGCCAGUUCGUGCACGAGCUGAAGGAGAAUUCAGAUAAGGAACUGGAAGAGCCACGAUGGAAGUUUCAUCCGAAUCGGAUUGUAAAAAUGUUGAAAAUUUCGAUUAAUUACUAUCGAAGCUCGUAUUCUACUAGUACGGGUAUAAGUGUUGUGUCCCAGUCUUAGGAGAUCUAAUUGUCCAUGGAAUAUGUGCUCCGACAUUUCCUCAGUAUAUUAAUUGCAAGUGCCGCUCAGCUCCAAUGAGUCUUGGCGAAAAAAUGAUAAACCACUUGAACGAAUAGAUAAUGGGUCUCGAGGCAAUCGAGGCAAAUCGCUCAGUAACUGGGAAAAAUUAGUGAGUGUGGACGUGCAGUGAAAGACAGAGAAAGCACAUAAAUCUCUAAUAUGGGAUGAAAAUCUAAUAAAAUGUCUUCUCCCUAGACGUCUAAUUUAAAACCCAAUUAAACCACGAAAUUGUGUUCUAAAAAUAGGCGAAGUAAUAAAUUAAAUAUGGCAAAAUUCAUGAAAGCAGUGGCAUCUUCGGUGGCAGUGGAAGCAGUAGCAACAACAACAACGUCAGCAGCAACCAAGUAUCCUACAGACCGAAAUAAAAGAUGAAGGACGAAAAGGAGACAAAUAGUGUUGAUACUUGGAUCAAGCCAAAAAGUUUAUAUUUCACGUCAUUUCUAAUGUAUCUUCACCUUGGUUCUAUCUAAUCCGCUGCCUAGUGCCUACAUUCGCUGUAGACACCUGUCCCUAUCUGUACUUAACCAAUUUUGAACUGUUUAUUGCGUUAAUUACUAAACGAUUUUCCACUACUACAUCGUCCACCUAAACGGGUACGCAUUCUCUUCCCACACUCAUUUUCACUUACCCAACUGACCACUCAACCGAAUUAAUAUAAAAAACCAUACGCUUAAGGAAGCCAGUCACAGAAGCUAUUUUUAAAUUUUCAAUAUUUUUUCCUAUUAAAAGUCUACGGAAAGUUCAUGUAUCUCGUGGAAACUUCGCAGAAGCAGGACUCUGGGCGAUUAAGCGAAUCCAACGACACUGCAAGGAUAAUGGACAACUCAGAAAAUAAAGUCUCAGACUCGCUCGUACUCGCGGAACUAGAUCAAUAAUAAAUAAUUCUCAAAUAAUAUGUAUAUUGUGAUAUUUUUCUAAAUACCACUGUCACUGUGUGCGGAAGCCAGAAAUGCAUAAUUAAGGUUAAUGUGAAUAAGACAAUUUCCAAUUGAAGCCAGAGUACGAGGUAUCAUUUGGAAACAAAGUGAAUCUGCCACUGUAAUCUAAUGUGUUAGAUAAGGACUCGGUGCCCUGCUCAACAAGUAGUGAAGAAUAAAGUUUCCUGUAAAUAACGUUCCCCAUCCUUGGAAUACGCUCCGAUGUAGAUAUUAAUAAAUGAUACUUGAAUAUUUUCGAUAACUUAGCUUAGAGGAUAUAAUAAAUUUAUUAGAAACCAAGAAAAUCCUUUGAAAUUGCAUAAAAGGAAAAAUCAGUGUAUCACACGUGCCCAGUUGGUGAAUCCAUUGCUGCUACUAUUACAUAACAUACUCUAACUCAGUGUGUAUACACCAUAUCCUUGCGUGUAUAUGUAAUGUUGUGCUUAUAAUCUAGGAAGUCUAGUUAUCUAAUCUUUAAAAAGAAAAGCAACCCCCUCCCAAAGGAUCACUCACUUCAAAUCUGAAUUCGUGAUAAAGCCAAGGUCUUCGAAAAACGCCGAUAUUAUGAUAGAGCUGCAACAAAGGAUAUCUUCUUCUAUAUCAGAAUGUCUGACGAGAGUGAAACGUAGCAAGAGCUAGCGGAACGAGAGCAAACUACUAGAUUAAGUGAACGGAAGUGGAAGAGACGGCGCGUGGCAGCAGCUAUCUGGCUGCCAAGCCUCGGUUUUGUUUCACCAAUGAAGAAUGAAGAAACAAAAUGUACGCACGAUCUCCUUAAUCGUGUGCACAUUUACAUAUUUACUAGUUGGUGCGGCCGUUUUUGAUGCUCUCGAAUCUGAAACCGAGAAGAAACGCUGGGAAGCACUUCAAGCAAUUGAAGACAUGAUUAUAAAAAAAUACAAUAUAUCAGUAGAAGACUUCAAAGUGAUGGAAACGGUUGUGCUAAAAUCCGAGCCACAUAAGGCCGGACAACAAUGGAAAUUUGCUGGUGCAUUCUACUAUGCCACAACCGUACUAACAACUAUUGGAUACGGUCACUCAACACCGAGCACAAUUGGUGGCAAGUUAUUUACUAUGUGUUAUGCAAUGGUUGGUAUACCAUUAGGGCUUGUCAUGUUCCAAAGUAUUGGAGAAAGAGUGAAUAGACUGAGCAGCUUUGUUAUAAGAACAGUGAAAACUGCACUUCACUGUCCACAAACUGCGGCUUCCGAAUUAGAUUUAAUUUGUGUUGUUACAACUUUAAGCUCUUUAACGAUAGCCGGCGGUGCUGCAGCCUUUUCGAAAUUUGAAGGUUGGAGCUAUUUUGAUUCAGUAUAUUACUGUUUUAUAACUCUUACUACUAUAGGUUUUGGGGAUAUGGUAGCUUUACAAAAAGACAAUGCACUUAAUAAGAAGCCCGAAUAUGUUAUGUUUGCACUGAUAUUCAUACUGUUCGGUUUGGCAAUAGUAGCUGCAUCUUUAAAUCUUCUAGUUCUUAGAUUCGUUACAAUGAAUACAGAAGAUGAACGAAGAGAUGAAGCGCAAGCAAUGCAGUAUAUGACCAAGUCCAAAUUGUGGACGCCGGAGGCUCUUCAGGUUGCAGUUAGACUAGAAGGUGACGUUAUAACGGCCAAUGGGUCUAUUUUAAGUGGUUAUAUAGGACACGAUUCUGCAUCAAUUGAUGCGGAUAAUGCAUCAAUUUGUUCUUGCCAUUGUGCCUGUUUUAGGGCAAGUCGGCAUAGAAAGCAUCAAUUCAAAGUGCGUCGAUCCCCCAGCCAUAUAAGACAUUUACUGCCCGAAGUGAUGCCGAUGAAGGAAUUUUCAUUAGAAAGUAGUAAUAAUGGUAGUGCUUUACAAUCACGACCACAACAAAAAAAUUUAUUACAAAGGAAUAUAUCGCUUAUAUCCUUUCGUAUCUAGUCCAAACUGAAAAAUAAAUUUAUUACCAUAAUAAAACAAAUUCAAUAAAUUCAAAUCUAAUGAAAUAAGAACACAAUAAAACUGGGAACGGAGACCUUUCGAAAGGCGAGGCAGAUGGAGUUGGAAGAACCGGAAGUUACAAGGACGAACGCUCAAAGGAUGGAACGCUCAAUGGAAAGGAGGUGGGCAGAAAGCUUGAGAAACAGAAAAUAUUGUACUAUAUCUUUUAAAAAGACAUCAUAACGAUGAUAGCGACGAGUAAGAAACUACAUGAUUGUGCAUUUUUUGGUAAAAUCGCACGACCACCAUGAUAGAAUAAUAAAGAGAAAAAUUUAUUGUGUAAAUUAUUAAUGACGAAACUAACGAAAAAUUCUAAAUAUAUCAUUUUUUGCUCUUUUGUAAUAAAUUAGAAAGAAUUGCUUUUUAAGUCAAUUAGGAUAUCUAUAAUACAAAGAAUUUAAAUUACAACGUUACAAGGAUUCAUCUAAUUUUCAUUGGGGUAAUGAAUUUCAUAAUUACAGUGCAAUCAAAAAUCGGGACACAACAGAAACAUUUUUUGUAAAAUUGCCUAAAACACUCCGGGAAAUUCAAUCUAUUUUAGUAAAAUAUUACCUUGAAAUCGCGUACAUAUUCAUAUCCGAAGUAAGCGCCAUCGAAAAGUGUAACCAAUUUUAAACUUUAUAAGGAAAAGCAUUGGAAUUUUUGUCCUUACUAGCCACCACACGAGUAACAUCUUCAACCUCUUUUAUAAAUUCACUAUAAUUUAUAUAAUUUACUAUAAUGAUUUCCUGUCGUUAAAAUUAAGUGAAAGGGCUGUUUAGUUUAAUAUAACCCAAACAACAAUAAGAUGAUCACAAAGCAUUCAACCAUUUCUAGCUCUUUUGUUCGAGUUAUUGUUGGACAACAAGCGAUUUAAUGGAUUUUUUUUCUAAUCUAUAUAUGCUUACUGUCACCCGCAUUCGCUAAUAUGAUUUAUAUGUCCGCAUCCGCAUCCAUAGGACAUAGCGCGUCAAAAAGUCUUUCCGUGAAGUUUGCACAUCUCCACUAUUUUUCUGCAUCACGUGUUUCUAAGGCGACCCACUCUUCAGCCACACUGGGAUUGUAGAUUCCGUUGCACCACAUAGGCUGCAAUGGAGCUGUCGUCCUUUCUUAAAAUAUGGCCUCUUCACUGCCACUUCAGCCUUCUUAUCAAUUCAUUUGACAACACCUGAGCAAAAUAUCGAAUAUGUUCGAUAUUUUGAUUCCAGAUGAUACAAAUUUCGAAGCCUAAUAUCUACUUCGGUGAUACGGGAGCAAACACAAUUCCGCUACUUUGCUAUUAUCAACGCAUACGUUUAAUAUAGGCAACCCACGAUCAACAGGAUCUGUAACAAUAAUAAUAAUAAUAAUCGUUGGCGCAACAAUCCAUAAGGGAUCAGGGCCUUGAAGUGUGUUAGAUUACUUCACUCAAGACCGUAACACUACACUGUAGGAGGC